CUUGGAAAGUACAUUCUGUCAUGCUGGUAUUCUUUUAGUUCUCACACAUUUAAUGACAUUCUGGACAUACCGACUCACUGAUUUGAGCUGAUUGUGUUGUACCUGUAGGAAAGAAAACGGGAAAAGGGAAAGUUCUGUGACGUGACGACUGGAGGAGGAAGUAAAACAUUAAAACAGCCCUCUCUUGUACUCUGUGCAAAUUUGAAAGACAAAAUUAGGCGUGAGCUAAAUAGUAACAUAUCAGAUUAAAAUAGAUUUAUUUCUAUUUUUGAAAUAACAUGUCCAGUUGGCAAACAUGCGCAUGCGUGCACACACACAUUAGCACUUAGAUAAAGAGUGUUCAUCUAAAAGAGUGUAAACAUAGAUAAAGCUGUAGGAAUGCAUAUUUACAUAAUCAGAGAUCUUAAAUGAUAGAUAUAGACAUUUUCACAGAAAUGUACACACUGUGGUUUUCCUACACUGUUAUAGUAUUAAGACGUUAUGUAAUAUUUUACGCCUCUUGGGAUUUGCUCUCUUCUACCUGACAUAAUUGGUUUGAAUAUUACACCAUGAAGUUAUAAUAUAUCAUACUUUCAAAAUGAGAAUCUUUAUUAACAAAGUUCCUGAAGACACAUUCCUGGAAAGUACAUACAGACUAAACCCUUAUCUAAAAUAUGUGCCUGUGUGUUUGAAGCAGGUUGAAUUUCCAUUUCUACUUCCUCGUAGUAUACACUGGCCAUGGGGGAAUUCAGGCACAUCAUGGAGGAUCUGGAAAACCCGCCACCUGAAAAUGUUCCACUUCAAAGAGGUAUAAAGCAGCGUGGUGCUGAGGACCUCUCACACCCUGAGCCUCUGGUCUAAAGAGAAAGACACAGCAACCACACAAGAAAUGGCCAAGAUCUCUGUUCCUGCCCUCACCCUCAUCAUGCUCUGCACUCUAGUGCUCUUCAGCAGUGAGGCUGCAGCUCUGCGCAGAGUUUCAAGAUGCUGCACAAGGUACUCCAACAGUAAAGUGCUCACAAAGGACAUCAAAGGAAUUUCAAUCCAAAAACGUAACGGAAAAUGCAAUAUCAACGCAGUCAUUGUUCACACUACAACAGGCAAACACAUCUGUGUGGAUCCUAACCAGAUGACCGACAUCACCGACAAGCUAAAGUAAGCAUCUGCCAUGGUCUCACAGUAACAGUAUUUCACAUUUUAGUUUUGGUCACGUUUAAAUUUUGGUUUGAUGACCACUUUAAGAAGUUAGUGUUGAAACCUGGGUUGUCUAAUGAAACUUAAUGAGAUAAAGGUAAGACUAAAUAGUUUUUUUACUUUGAUUUCUUCCAGGG